AUGGAAAGCAGAGCAGAGAACUCCAAUGGCACUACAGUUCCCAAGAAAUCAAAAUCUCUGGAUCUUAAAAGUCUAUAUAAAUCAAAAUUGUCAGUAAAAACUGCAAAAGAGAACUUAAAGAGGAUUAGAAGUAGUAGUGGGGAUGGUGAUGAGAAGAGGAAGAGAAAGAAGGCUAGAAAAGAAGUCUCUCUAAGUAGCUUAGAAAAUGGUGAGGGUAGCAGUGAGUUGAAGUUAGGGGUGAGUCAGAGAUUGAGUAGUAGUAUGCUAAAUAGAGUUUCGUUUAGCGUUGGUGGUGAUGAUUUUCACAUUCCUAAGAGGAAGAGGAGUUUUAUGGGGAGGAAGAAAUCAGAACCUGGUCAAGCAUCAAAUUUGGUGGAGCAGCAUAGACUUACAAGUGGCUAUGACGAUCCUGUGCAAAAGUUAGGUAGUGAGGAUAUCAGCAGUGGGGUUGAGUCUUUCAAGAUUAAGCAUAAGAAAGAGUUUGAUGAAUUUAAGGAAAAUAGGAAUAGUGAUUCAAAUUCAGUUCAACAUUUUAAGGAGAAUGGGGAUUGUGUAUCUCAUUCUGUUGUAAAUAGUGGUGGUGAUUCUUCUUUAACAAAGUCACGGAGGAAGAAUAGGAAGCGAAAGACUUCUGCUUUAGAUAUAACUAAUGUUUCCAAUGAGGUUGAACCUUUGGUUUCAAAUUGUAAAAUAUCUGAUGACUUGCAAGAAGAUGAGGAGGAAAAUCUUGAGGAGAAUGCAGCUAGGAUGCUUUCUUCAAGGUUUGAUCCAAGCUGUACUGGAUUUUCAAUCAAAGGUUCAAAUGGUUUGUCCUAUUUUCAAUCUUCAAGUCAAAGUGUUGUUAACCAUGGUUUGAAGUCUCAAUCAGGUUCAGAAUCCACAUCAGCUGAUACUGAUGGCAGAGUUCUGAGGCCUAGAAAACAAUAUAAAAGCAGAGGUAAUUCCAGGAAGAGGCGCCAUUUUUAUGAGAUUCUUUUAGGUGAUGUAGAUGUAUACUGGGUGCUAAACCGGAAAAUUAAAAUUUUUUGGCCUUUAGACCAGAGUUGGUAUUAUGGCCGUGUGGAUGGCUAUGAUGAAGGAAGCAAGCUUUACCAUAUCAAAUAUGAUGAUCGGGAUGUAGAAUGGGUUAAUCUCCAUACUGAGAGAUUCAAACUCUUGUUACAUCGUAGUGAAGUUCCAGAAAAUGCAAAGGGUGAAAGAGCUAUUGCAAAAUGUAGAAGUUCUGAUCAUCAGAAGGGUAUCAAAUCCAGAAAAGAAAGGCAAAGAACAGAAGAGAAUCCAGAGGAUGAUCAUUGUGGUGGGAGCAGUAUGGACUCAGAACCUAUAAUUUCAUGGCUGUCUCGAUCUACUCAUCGAUUAAGAUCUUCUUUUCAAGGCAUUAAGAAACAGAAGACUUCUGUUACACUUACAAGUACAAUGCCAUCAUUCUUAUAUGAUGAACCUGUCACUACAAAGGCACAUUUAUCUAAGAGUUCUUUGAAGGGUAUUAAAAAUAAUUUAUCUAGUGAUUAUGUAUCACAGGAUAAAUUAAGUGAUGAUUUUAGGAUGACGUCCUCAUUGCAAAGUGCUACUUGCAAUAAAGAUGGAAAACAGCCUAUUGUAUAUUUCAGAAGGCGGAUUCGAAAGCCAGCUCCAAUAUCACCUCAUAUCUACGAAGAAAAGCAUGCUAUUUUAAGUGCAUCUGGUUCUGUUUCCCUUGACCAUAUGUUUAGUGGGGCUGAGAAUAUGAAGCGUUCUAGUGAUGCUAGAGAUGAAGCUGAGGGCCCAUUGUGCUUCACUUACAAGGCAGGAGUAUCAAAAGUUUUUUGGGACAUGGAAUCAGCAUUGUUAAAAUUUGGCUUAAACUUUCCAAUAUGUUUUGAUUGGAAUGAUUCUUUUCAAUCUGAAAAUUUGUGGUUGCUUUAUCCUCUUUUUUUGCUCCAGUAUGGUACAGUUAUGACCAAGUGGCCUAGAGUUUGUUUGGAGAUGCUUUUUGUCGAUAAUGUGGUUGGGUUGAGAUUUCUAUUAUUUGAAGGCUGCUUGAGCAUGGCUGUAGCCUUUGUCUUUUUUGUCCUUGGGGUAUUUCAACAACCUUCCUGCCAAGAGAAGUAUGUUGACUCGCAAUUUCCAUGCACAUCUAUUGGAUUCAAGUUUUCUGGUCUGCAUGUUAUUAAGAAGCCACUUGUUUUUGAGUUCUAUAAUUUCUCUGGAGUGAGGAAUUCUAAGUGGAUGGGCUUAGAUUCUAAGCUUAAGAGGCAUUGCCUUCUCAGUAAGCAGCUCCAUCUUUCUGAAUGUACAUAUGAUAACAUCCAGGCACUUCAAAAUGGAUCAAUUGGGUUCUCCAUAACUUCUAUCAGCAGGUCCUCCUCAGUCAAGGUCAUGCGGAAGAGUAGACCAGGGAUUAACAUCAUGGGUGUUUCCAAAGUUUCCACACAAGCUGAUACUCAUCAGUGUUCUGAUGUUGGUGAGAGCAAACUUCCUCCAUUUACCCUUUCUUUUGCUGCAGCACCUACAUUUUUUCUUUCUUUCCAUCUCAAGUUGCUGAUGGAGCAGUCUGCAACUCAUAUAAGCUUCUGUGAUCACGCACCAGUAUUUGAUCAGGAAGACCCUAGUUUGGUGACCAAUGGAUGUGCUAGCACCGAUGGUUGCUCAAACAAGAAUUCUGAAAUUACUCCAAGGAAAGAUAUUGAGAUUUUGUCAAAUGGAGCUGCAGUUGAUGGAGGGUCUUGUGCUGACUUAGAUCAUCCCUCUACCUUCUGUGAUCAAACUCUCUCUCAAAAUUACCUGAGCAUUGGUCAUAAUGGUGCUGGUAUUUCCAUUUCCCAUUUUCCUGUGAGGCUUGGUGCAACUCCCUUACCCAAAUGGCAAUCCCACCAUUUUGAGCAAGAUUUAGGCUCUCUACAUUCUAGUUCUUUACUUCAUCAAGAUAAGGCUGCUGAUGGUUCUCAUUCUUUUAUUGGUGAUCUCAGCAUCCAAAUUCCUGCUGUUGAUCAAUUUGAGAAACCUGGUUGUGAUGGUGAUUUAUGUGAUCCUGAACACUCUCCUGAUUUCUCUUGGAAUAUAAAUGUAGGUGUUAUGCCAAGCUCAAAUCCAACUGCUCGUAGAAGUUCUUGGUAUCAGAACCAGAAUAGUUCCUCAUCAUUGGGAUUUCAGUCUCAUGUUUGGUCUGAUGACAAGGCUGAUUCUCUUUAUAGUGAUUUUCGCAAUGGACCUAGAAGACCACGCACACAAGUAUCAUACUCAGUGCCUUCUGCAGGGUAUGAAUUCAGUUCAAGGCAGAGAAACCAUCAUCAGAAAGGGCUUCCUCACAAACGAAUUAGAAAAGCCAGUGAGAAAAAGUCAUCAGAUGUUACUAGGGGCCCUGAAAAGAAUUUUGAAUGCUUAUCUUGUCGUGCAAAUGUCUUGAUCACUCUUGGUAGUAAGGGUUGGAGAGAAUCUGGGGCCCAUAUUGUACUAGAGCUGUUUGACCACAACGAGUGGAGACUUUCUGUGAAACUUUCCGGAAUUACUAGAUAUUCAUACAAAGCACAUCAGUUUCUGCAGCCUGGAUCAACAAAUCGGUUCACACAUGCAAUGAUGUGGAAAGGUGGGAAGGAUUGGAUUUUGGAAUUUCCCAAUAGGAGUCAGUGGGCACUUUUCAAGGAGAUGCAUGAGGAAUGCUACAAGCGGAACAUCCGUGCUGCUUCAGUUAAAAACAUACCUAUUCCUGGUGUUCAUUUGAUAGAAGAAAAUGAUGAUAAUGGAUGUGAUGCAACUAUUGUUCGGAGCUGUAUGUACUUCCAACAGGUUGAAACAGAUGUUGAGAUGGCUCUGGAUCCAUCCCGUGUUCUGUAUGACAUGGAUAGUGAGGAUGAACAAUGGAUUGCAAAUGCUCAAAAUUCUGAAGAAGACAACACUGACUUGAGUUGGAUUUCAGAGGAGAUGUUUGAGAAGACAAUAGACAUGUUUGAAAAGGCUGCAUAUGCUAAGAAGCGCGAACAUUUUACUUCUAAUGAGAUAGAGGAACUCAUGGUUGAUGUUGGGCCUUUGUGUAUUAUGAAAAUCAUUUAUGAUCAUUGGCAGCAGAGAAGGAAGAAGAAAGGAAUGGCUUUAAUACGGCACUUUCAGCCCCCUCAAUGGGAACUGUAUCAGACACAAGCGAGAGAGUGGGAAGUAGCCAUAACCAAGAGCAAUGCCCCCUCCAAUGCAUGCAUGGACAAGGUCACAACUCUGGAGAAGCCAGCCAUGUUUGCUUUCUGUUUGAAACCUAGGGGUCUAGAAUCACUGAACAAGGGAUUGAAACAUCGAUCCCAAAAGAAGAUUUCAGUCUCUGGGCACGCAAACAGUAAUCUAGAUCAGGAUGGCUUCCGAAGAAGACACGGUGCCUUACCUUUUGGUGGAGAAAAGUUCCUUUACCAAGGCCAUAAUUUCGAUUGUUUUGAUGAAUCAUCAUUGGCUCUGACCUCACCAAGGGUAUUCUUACCACGUGAUGCUGGCAGCUUGAAAUACCAUCCUACCAAUGGAUCGGGUUACAGAAAUCAUGUCCCAAAAUUUCACCAAUCCAGAUAUGAGUUGCCUCAUAAUAGGCAUCACCUUGCUGGCCCUAAGAGGCAAGGGAUUGAACAUUUGGAUGCUUCAGUUCUCGAGGAGUUAAGACUACGGGAUGCCGUGGCUGAAGCUAAUAUUAAACGGCACGUGGCUAAGUUGAAAAGAGAUAGGGCUAAACGAUUGCUAUACAAAGCAGAUGUAGCCAUUCAUAAGGCCAUGACAGCUCUAAUGAUUGCAGAAGCAAUGAACGCUUCGGAGCUUGGUGAAAUGAAAGCUUCUGAGGACUAG